AUGUAUAUAACGUACCACGUUUUAUAUGAAUUGGAGAGUGGCUCAGAUUUUUUAAAAGAGAUCCAAACAUCUUCUCUCUGUCUCUCGCUCCCCCUCCCGCGCUCAUCCUCUUUCUCCUCCGGCGAGUUGUUCGGCCACCGUCGAAGCUGUCCGUAUGUCGCUCCUGUCUCUCUCACUCCGGCGCAAGGUUCCAUCUCUAUCUCUCUCACUCCGGCGACGUCUUCGGCCACCGAGUACUGCAAGAAGCACGUCGAGGCCCCAAAAGCAGCCGCCGCAUCCGAAGAACGCUCCACCUCCGACGACGACGACCUCAAGGCCUGGGACGGCGAGUUCGUCAAGGUCGACCAGGCCACCCUCUUCGAUCUCAUCCUGGCUGCAAACUAUCUGAACAUCAAGAGUGUGCUGGAUUUGACUUGCCAGACAGUGGCUGACAUGAUCAAGGGCAAAACUCCUGAUGAAAUCCGCAAGACAUUCAACAUUAAGAAUGACUUCACACCAGAGGAAGAGGAGGAGGUUUGCAGGGAGAAUCAAUGGACCUUUGAGUGAAGAUCCAAAAUAAAGCACAUCUGUUUUUUUGUGGCUUAUGUUUCUCUUUUGUGCUGGCAAAAGGGGAUGUUGUUUC